UGACAUUUUCUGUUGCAGAGCAAUGCAACUUGAUUUUAAUCAUAGUGGAAGAAAUUGGUGGAUAUCUGCUGUUUGGUGUGCCUUUGGUGCAAUUGUAUUGGGAGCAAUAGCAGUAAUCUCAUAUUGGAUACGAAAAUGCAGGACCACAACGGACAACCAAACAAUAAUAAUAGUAAUAUAUCAAAUGACGACCAAAAUCAACAAGAAAUUCAAGAAAAUAUACAUGAAAAACAAUAUUUACAACAACAACAACAACAAUAUAAUAAUCAAAAAUCAAAAGAGAAACAACAACAUUUUCAACAAAGACAACAUCAUAAAUUAUCAGAACAAAAUUUAUCACAUAGUAUUGAAAACGAUCAACAAAAUAUAUCUUCAAUUCAAUAUCAACAACAAUUACAACAACAACAACAACAGCAACAAUCAUCAUCAACAUCGUCUUCAAAUCAAAAUAAAUCAGUUUCAGUUUUAUUUUAUAAAACAUUUAAUACAGUAUUUAAAAGUAGUCGAAAAUUAAUUGUUAGAGUUUGUGAAGUCGCGAGUUCGAAAAAACCAUUAAAAAUGUUUAAUCUACAAGGUAAUAUGAGACGUGGCGGUAGUGAAUCAACAACCGGUCAUGAUAGAUUUGGUCGUGGUGCUUUCGGUAAUACCAAAUCAAAUCGGAAAAGACAAAAAAAUCCAAAUCAUGUACGACGUACAAGUUCGGCAAAUGAAUUUGAUUCAAAAACAUUGACUGCAGCUCACAAAAGAGUUCUUUUUAGCCGUAAUCGAUCUGCUAGUUCUGAACAAGACAAUUCCGAUCAAUCAGAACAUUCGGAAAAAUCACCAUUAGUUAGUGCAAGAAUUGAUACUUUGGCGAGAUUAUUCUUUAGUAAAACUAUACCAUCAGAUCCUUCAUCAAAUACUUCUAGGGACUCAAUAGAUCCAAUUAUAGCAAGGCCAAAUUUAAAAUAUCAAUAUACAGCAUUAGAUAGCGGUGGUAGUGUACCAGAACGUGGUCCAAAAGAGCGUGCUUCAAGAGAACGUGCAUUAAGUGUUGCUCAAGAAUGGACAUUAAAUUCGAAUGGACGUUAUAAUGUUAUCGCACAUCUUGAUGAAAUCGGUUCUAGAACAAAUAAGAAUUGGUUUCUAAUAAGUGAUUCUACGGUUCGAACUGAACGCCUAAUGACCUUACUUCCUUUACCUCCUGAAUGUAUUGCCUUAGAUGAACUGCCGCAAAAUCAAAAUCAAAGUUGGUUAGAAUUAUUGGGAUCUUUACAUCAUCCAUAUAUUUAUCCAGUAUUAGAUUUAGAAUUUUUGCAUUAUGAAACAAAAUCAUAUGUUUCACUUGUCAUGCCAUUUAAUCCACGUGGUAGCCUAAAAGAUUUAAUUUAUAAGACACAAUGGAAUGACCAGUAUAGUCGAAAAUACGCAAAAAAACCAUCUGGUUUGCCAGCUUCGCAAGUUCAGAGACUAGGGCGGCAAAUUUUAGAAGCUUUAUUAUUUCUUAAGGAUAGAGGUUUUCAAUUACAUGGUCAUAUACAUAGUGGAAAUGUUAUUAUUCAAAAUGGUGUUGCAAGAUUAACUGGAUUAGAGAACGGUCUUUUAGGAUUAACUUCUCGAAUUAAUGCCGUAAUGUGGUCACGUUCAACUGUCGAAAUAGAAAAUAUUGAUGUAAUUUGUUUUGGUCAUUUACUUUAUGAAAUGUGUAUGGGAUAUGAAUUAGCAACAUCUAAACCAAUUAUUAAAGAAAUUGAAGAGGACUUUAGAAGGCAUCCACAGGCUUUUGAAAUUAUAGCAUUAAUCUUCGAUCCCUUAGAUGGUGUUAAGCCAGCAGUUGAAGAUCUAGUUCUAUGCGAUUGGUUCCGUAGCAUUGAUUUAAGAGAAUUACGUGGACCAUGCGUUAGUACAAUCAAACCGAGUUUAAGUCGAUCAACAUUAAGUCUAUUUCAUGCUGUUAAAAAACGACAAGUUGCAUCAAUGAACUCAUUUAGUGAUUCAAGAAAUUGUUCACCAUGUACGACACCUCCAUCUACACCUAAACUCUCAGAACGACCAAAAUCGGUUAACGACUCUUUCGAAAUAUCAAGUGAUUCUGAAAGUGCACUAGAUGAAGUUAUCGUAACAUCAAGUAGCUACGAUUCUCAUCAUUAUGAUCCGCUUCAAUCGCCAAUACACUUUUGUGAUAAUAGCUUACAAUCAGAUGAUAGUAGUAUAAUAACGGGUGCUUCUGGUUGCACAAGCGGCAAUGUCUCAUCAGCAACUGCAUCAGCAACCCCUACUCCAUCAAUGAAUGCAUUUAAAAUAAACAACGAUGAAAAUGAAUAUUCACCCGCCAUUGAAUUAAGUAUUUCACCAUCAGCUAUUAAUUCUAAUAACACAACAGUAUCAGUAUCAAGUAAUCAAUUGACAGCCGAUAUUUGUAAUUAUAAAAAUUCAAAAAGUCGUCGUCUCGAGUAUGGUCGCUUAAAAUAUGGUAGGAGUAAUCCAUCACAAGAUUCGGCAUUUGGUUCAUUAACAGAUGGUGAACUGUCGGUAGCAUCAAGUUUUCGUUUAAGUUCAUUUCAAUCAAUUUCAUCACCUAUAGACGAAGGUGUUGAAGAUAUAAUUAUAGCAACAACAACGCAAACGGAAACUAAUGGAAAAGAAAUAAGUUUAGAAUUAUUUAGGCAAAAUCAAAAUGGUGAUUCAGCUACAUCAACUCCAUCAGUUAGCCGAGAUUAUUCGUCGUCCAAUUUGGGUGUUCAUUCAGGUGAUGAUAUGAAUCGUUCACAACAUUCAUUAUCGUUAUCACCAAAACGAAAACCGUUACAAAUUAGCUCUUCAAUUUCGAAUUUACAAUUUGAUCCACCGAAAAUUUUAGUUAAUGACCAAAAUUCAAUUUAUACGACGUCACCUUCGAAAAAGUCCGGUACAUUAGAAGUUUUCUCACAAAAAUAUCGUGUUAGUUCAUUUGAGGAUAUGUCACCAAAUCGAAAGAAUUUAAAACAAGUAAAUAAAAUGGCAUUUAGAUCACUAGAAGAAGAGCGUCGAAUCGACAGUGCAUUUAUGCCAAUAAAAGAUCGUACGAAUUCGGAAAAUCGUGUUAAUAGUGAAAAGUACAAAAAAUUAACGCAUUCAUCAUUUCGUGGUAGCGAUACAUGCCGUACAACUAUGUGGAAAGAUAGUUUAUUGUAUCGUAAAACAAAAAUUGCAAAGUCAAAUGAUUCAAUAUUAGACUCACCACAUGUAAGUCGUAAAUUUAUGAAAGACAAUCAAGAAGAGAAAAGAAUAUUAAAUCGUGGGCAAUCAGUUACUGAUGUGAUUACAACAACAACAUCAGCGGCAAUUAAUAUUAUUGCCGGAGGUGGUAAUAACAGUGGCGCAAGUAGUGGUGGUAUUUGUAGUAGUAACAGUAGUAUUAAUGAAUGCGGUGCAUCUAGCAGUAUAACUGCAGGUGGCUCUUAUCAAAGUCUUCAUCAAACGUUAAACUUUAAUAAUACUAGUAAUAUUAAUAAAAACUCUUUACCAAAAUUAAUUUGUGAUGAUUUAGUUACACUAAGUGAUAAUAUAAGCAUAGAUAAAAAACCAACCGUAUGCUCAUCUUCAUCAUUAAUAUCAGAAAGACAAUCGUUCUGUUUAUCAAAAUUAAAACAAACCGCAAUAACAGACUGCGUUUCUGAAGACGAAUAUUCUAAUAAUGACAAUAAAAACAGUUCAAGUCAGAGUUCAAUUAAUCAACAAUUAAAUAGUAGUAAUAUAUCAUCAGCAUCUGCAUCAUCAUCACCGUCUUCAUCAACAUCAAUUAAAAAUUCUGAUAAAUUACAUCAAUCAAGUCAAGAUAGCUCAGAAGAUGAUUCAUUACAUCAAGAUGUUUGUAAAAUAAUUGGAGGUAUGAGUGAAGAAAAAACACCACUUUUAGAUAGCGUUGAAAUGUCUCCAAUAAGUCCAAAUGAACCCGAUAAUGUUAUUAUGUGAUAGUUUAAUUCAAAAUUAUAAAUAUUUAAAAAAUAAAAGAGAAAUUUAAUAAAAAAUGUUAAACAGAAAUUAAAAAUAUACAAUUUUAAAAUAUUUUUAUUAUGAUUUCAAUUAAAUUCAAUUAUUUGUAAAUAAUUUUAGAAUGCACAAGCACCAUCAAUAUGUAUAAAGAAAAAUAUAUGAUUUAAACGUAAAAACAAGCAAAAUUAUUCAAUUUUGAAAAAGAUUUAGAAGUAGGAAAGAUCAAAAUUAUAGAAUCCAUAAAAAAAAUGUUAUUGUUACUUCGAAAAGUUAUAAAUUUUCUUAACAACUUUUAAAUGUAUACAUAUACUUACAUACAAUAGAAAUCCAAAACAAAUUUUAAAAAUUACUCUAUAAAUUCUGUUUUAAUGUGUUCCAAUUUAAAUAUGCAAAAUCUAUAACUUACCAAUAUAUAUGUAUAUGUAUAAUAUCAAUAUAAAUAUAUAUACUAUAAAUAAUUAUAGUUUUAAAUAAUAUUUUUAAAUGAGUAAAAAUUAUAAAAACUUUAUUAGUAGCAAUUAAUUUUGUUGAAUUUUAUAAUAAACCAUGACUCUUGUUUUAAAUACUAAAAAUGUAAAAUUUUCAUAAUUGAUUAUUUAUCAACAAUCCCUUCCACAUGAUAAAUUCCACAUGAUGAAUAGUAGAGAUCCGUUCUUUUCCCUUUUGAAAAUUUUAUUUAAGAAAUAUUUUUUGUUACAUUGUAGUUAAAAUUUAAAUAAAUAAAAAAUUUAAUUUUUUUUUUGAAAUUUUCCUAUUUUCAAUUAUAAUUUCUCAAUUCUUUCAGUAAUUACAAAAACCAAACGACAUCGUAUUCGUUUUAAAUAGAAAAAAUUUUAUAUUUUAUUUUAUCAAAUUUGACUAUCACCAUGAAUGUCAAAGUCAAAAGUUUUAUAUUUAUAGCAGGAUAACAGAUAGUUCGUGCCACAAAAAAUAUUCCAAUUAAGUGUUAUAUUCAUAAAAAUGCAUUAAUUACAUAAAAUUUCGAUUUUAAUUUCACAAAAAAAAGAACUAUAACUUUCAUUUAAUGAUAAGGAAAAAUAUUAAAAUAAAAAAAUAUUACCACCUUAUUUUAUAUUUUUUCCAAAUGUAGUGCUGAAGCCAAACCAAUUUAUCGUCUCUAAGAAUUUUUAAUUUUUCUUCAUAAAAAUUUAUAAAAUAAACUUAAAUAUUUUAAAGCUCAAUUAAUUUGCUCAUAUAAUUGGGAUCCGCAAUAUAGUCCGGAUAUAUUAACACAACUGGAUUCAUACAUAUGUAUAUGUAAUAAUUUACUUUCUCAAUUAAUUGCAAAAACAUUACAAUAAUUUCCAUUUUGCAUAAAAAAGAGGCAUACCAUAAUAAAAGUAUAAAUAUUUGAAUUUAGUCAGUGUAAGAGUAAAAUUUUUUUCUUGUCUAUUGUAUUUAUAUAUACCGAAUAUUAUAUAAUAUGCGUUUAACUAAUACUAAAACUAUCUUUAAAUCUAUAUAAUAUUUC